UUUGCGUCACACCCGGCUUAGCAUUGGGGUUCCCUGCUCGCUCAGCAGGGGGUGAAACGCCGAAGUGGUGUGUGAAGACCAGAAUUAUUCUGUGUCCCGAACGCCAUUCGUUCGUGAGAAAGGUGACAGCAAUUUGCGGUUUCCAAACCGAUUUCAUACAAAACACAGCGACGCCAGGCCGACGACAAUUUUCAUCCUGUGCAGCAUCCGGCUUCCUAAGAGAUGGUUAUGGAGAAACCAAGCCCCCUGCUCGUAGGCCGCGAGUUUGUGAGGCAGUACUACACACUUCUCAACAAGGCUCCUGACUAUCUACACAGGUUCUAUGGCAGGAACUCCUCUUAUGUGCAUGGAGGUCUGGACAGCAGUGGCAAGCCAGAGGAGGCUGUGUAUGGGCAGGCUGAGAUCCAUAAGAAGGUGAUGUCUCUGCAGUUCAGCGAGUGCCACACCAAGAUCCGCCACGUGGAUGCCCACGCCACUCUGGGCGACGGAGUGGUGGUGCAGGUGAUGGGCGAGCUGUCCAACAGCGGACGCCCCAUGAGGAGGUUCAUGCAGACCUUCGUACUGGCACCUGAGGGGUCGGCGGCGAACAAGUUCUACGUGCACAACGACAUCUUCCGCUACGAGGAGGAGCUGUUCAAUGACUCAGAGGCCGAGCUAGGAGAUUCUGAGGAGGAGGAAGGAGAGGAAGAACAGGUAGAGACUCAGACCUCACCGGAGCCACAGGAGGCCCCUGCCAGCACGGCGUACUACGAACAUGCACCUGUGAGUAACGGUGUGGAGGAGGCGCAGGAGGAGGCGGUGGUACCUGAGGCCGAGCCAGAGGUCCCCCCAGAGCCAGAGGUCAGCCAGGAGCCGGCUGCCGCUGCAGAGCCCGCCCCAGAGGCGGAGCCUCAGGCAGUGGAGGAGGCGGUGCCAGAGGAGGAGGAGAAGGUUCCGGAAGAGCUGCCCGAGGAGAAGGGCCCAUCCCCCGCACCCCCUGCCCAGUCACCCCCACCACAGACACCGGAACCACCCAAGGCAUUCUCCUGGGCCUCGGUGACCAGUAAGAACCUGCCCCCCAGUGGAACCCUGCCCUCUUCCGGAAUCCCUCCCCACGUGGUCAAGGUCUCCAGCCCACAGCCCAGGGUAGAGGUCAAGGCUGACGCCCAGGUGUCCAUGCCACGGGACCAGCGGGCGCGGGAGAGACCCGGUGGCUUUGCGCCCAGAGGGUACCGCCCAGAGGGUGCUGCUCCAGAAUCCAGUGGAAAACCUAACUUCAGUUUCAAAGGCGGGCGUGGGGAUGGUGAGGUUGGAGACCAGGAGGUGCGUAGGACGGUGCGGUACCCUGACUCCCAUCAGCUGUUUGUGGGGAACUUGCCACACGACAUUGACGAGUCAGAGCUCAAGGACUUCUUCAUGGGCUUCGGUACUGUGGUGGAGAUGCGCAUCAACACUAAGGGCGUUGGAGGAAAGCUGCCCAACUUCGGCUUUGUGGUAUUCGACGACUCUGAUCCUGUGCAACGGAUCCUGGCAAACAAGCCGGUGAUGUUCCGAGGAGAGGUGCGUCUGAACGUGGAGGAGAAGAAGACCCGUGCCCUGCGUGAGCGCGAGACCCGCGGCGGCCCCGGGGGAGGAGACAUGCGGCGUGGCGGCGGUGGAGGAGGGGGUGGUGGCCCCGGAUCCCGCGGGCCAAUGGGCAACGGCAUGGGCCAGAGGGGCCCGCCUUCCUCCCGCGGCGGUCUCGGAGGGGGCGGAGGAAGGGGCGGCGGCCAAGGCGGAGACAGGGGAUUCGCCAGCCAGAGGCGCUGAUGACUACGCCCACAAAACCAACCAACCGGCUUCUUUCUAGCUAAUAUAUGAUGAUGAUGAUGAUGAUGAUGACCCACCACCACCAUGUCUUGAUGGAGAGCGGGGAGGGGGGAAAAGCGACAAAAAAUUAUCCCAACAUUCACAGCGCUCUCUCUCGUCUCUUAUUUUUUUUCUCUAUCUCGAGCUAUCGCUCCUUCUCGUCUUUUUUCUGUUUUCUUUUUUCCAUUCAUUUUUCCCCCGUCAUUCUCUAUGGAAUGUCCCUGGACUGCCUGACUUGCUGGAGCAGAACAAGAGAUCCUGAUGAAAAAAAAAAAAGAAAAAGCUUUUGUUUAUUACUACUUAUUUCUUUUUUUCGUUUGUUUUCGGUUUUGUCAGUUACCUUUUUGAUUUCGUUUUUUUUUCUUUUGUUCUUUUUAGUCUUUUGUGUUAUUUCUGAGGAACAAACAAACAAACAUGAACUGGUGAUGUCACUCUGAAGAGGAGAUGGGAGAGAGUGGAGGGGGGCCUCUGGAUUGGUCAACCGGGACACAAGCUUGCACGCGACGACGCAACGGAAUGGACGCAUUAAAAAAAAAAUCAACGCUCACACACUCGAUUAAUUUAUUUUGGUAGUUAAUAAUAACGCGAGAUGGUGCCUUAUUACUAUUUUUCUCUAUCUCUUUCUUUGUUUUGUUUAAUUUUUUUCUUCUUCUUUCUCUCCCUGUCUGUAUGCUGUGAGAUGGGUGAUGGAGACACCACAGCAGUGUGUCCAUGGUUCAAAAGAUCAAUGCUGGUAUUCUCGUGCGCAUGCGUGUCUGUAUGUGUGAUCGUGAAUGUGUUACGUGUGUUGGACAGUGUGUGGUUGUGAGUGUGUGUGUGUGUGCUUGUUAGGUCAGGCCUAUGGACUUGGUUGAGCUUUUUGUGCUGAAAGGAAGGCUUUUUCGGUGCAUGUAUGUGUGUAUGAUUGAGUUACAUGUAUGUGAAGGGUGUGUGUGUGUGUGUGUGCGUGCACGUGUGCAUGUUGUAUGGGAAUGUGCGUGGUGUUGGUGUGUGUGUGCGCGAGAUUGUGUUCUGUUUGUGUAUUUCAGUUCACAUGUGCGUGCGUCCUUCCUUCUGUGAGACCUUGCAGCUCCCGCUAAGUAAAAAAAAAAAAGACUGAAUGUUCCGCUCUUUUCUACAGAAAGGCUAAAUAAUAAAAUAAAGACAACACAACAACCUGUAAGCGACUCUGCAGCGCCCCUGUUGGCCCCUCCCUUUGCUGCGGCAGAGAGGGGCCCUCGACUCGACUCUACUCGCACUGCUUCCGGCUCCCGCGCGACCAAUCCCAAACUGUGUGUAUGUAUGCGUGAGCGUGUCAACUUUCAAUAAAAACGAAACUACUGAGAAUCUG